AGAAGAGCAUCUUGUUCAUCAAUUAAUAUAAGGAUCUAUUAACAUAUAGGAAUCUCAUCGAGUCCUUGCUAUCCCACUCAUAACAAAUAUGGUUGCAGCAGCAAAAUGCAACAACCAUUCAAUGGAACAUCUAUACUUAAAUUCGGCGUUUGUAGUGGGGUGGAUUUACAAUUCAGUUCAUGGCUGUGGAACAAACUCGAGAUCGAGUUUGGGUUCACACGGGAUCUCUCUAGUUAUAAACUCGCACAAAAGGCCUGGCCACAAGGGUAAAACAGACCUUUCAGUCUCUUUCACUAAAGGGUAUUUGUAAUUAUUGACGUUCAACCAGAGCGUUCCCCGUUGUAAUAUUUAAAUUCUCGCUCCCAACUCUAUUCUCGAUUCUCUCACUCUCACUAUAAUCGAUGGAAGAAAAAUCGAAAAUCAGUCUGCUCUUUUCCUCCUCCGUCCUCCUCCUCCUCUUUUCUCUCUCCGCGGCUGUUUCCAACCCUUUACAGCUGCAAACCUUACUUCUCCGCCCUCUUCCUUCUGCGCCCACUCUUUCAUGGACAGAUGCCGAACCCGAACCCGAACCCGAAUCCGACUCCUUGGUCGAAAUAUCCGAGCUCAACGCAGUAACUUCUAACACUACACUGGAAAUGCAUCACUUAGAUGCUUUUUCUUCGGAAGAGACUCCUGAGCGACUCUUCGACCUCCGACUGCAACGCGACGCGCUCCGCGCCGAAACCAUCUACUCCCUCGUUUCGAAAGCAGUUGCGCGUAAUCGUCCACGCGCGCCUGGACGUCCUGGAUUCAGCAGUUCCAUUAUUUCCGGACUUGCUCAAGGUAGUGGUGAGUACUUCACGCGCUUGGGGGUCGGUACUCCUCCAAGGUAUCUUUAUAUGGUGCUCGACACCGGCAGCGAUGUGGUGUGGGUUCAGUGUUCACCAUGUAAGAAUUGCUACUCUCAAUCUGACCCCAUUUUUGACCCGACUAAAUCUCGCUCUUUCUCCGGUAUUCCUUGUGGGUCACCGCUUUGCCGUAGCUUAGAUUCAUCGGGAUGUAAUAAGCGCCGGAUGUGUCUUUACCAAGUAUCCUACGGCGACGGUUCUGUUACUUUCGGCGACUUCUCCACUGAAACACUAACGUUUAGGAGAACUAAAGUGGGACGUGUGGCGCUCGGUUGUGGUCACGACAAUGAGGGCUUGUUCGUUGGUGCAGCUGGCUUGUUAGGCCUUGGUCGGGGAAGACUAUCAUUCCCCACCCAAGCAGGACGCCGCUUCAACCGGAAGUUCUCUUACUGUUUGGUCGACAGGUCCGCUUCUUCAAAACCGUCCUCCAUGAUUUUCGGUGAUGCGGCCAUUCCCCGAACCGCCGUCUUUACUCCUCUUCUUACAAACCCUAAGCUCGACACUUUCUACUACGUUGAGCUGCUUGGGAUUAGCGUCGGUGGGACACGUGUCCGAGGGAUCACGCCUUCUUUAUUCAAAAUGGAUCCAGCUGGUAACGGAGGGGUCAUUAUUGACUCAGGCACGUCUGUCACCCGCUUGACCCGACCCGCUUACAUCGCAAUGAGGGAUGCGUUCCGUAUCAGGGCCUCGAAUCUGAAGCGGGCGCCUGACUUCUCAUUGUUCGAUACAUGCUUCGACCUGUCCGGCAAGACUUCCGUUAAGGUACCGACGGUUGUUCUACAUUUUAGAGGGGCCGACGUGUCAUUGCCGGCGACGAAUUAUUUGAUUCCAGUAGACAGCAGCGGAACCUUUUGCUUUGCUUUCGCGGGUACCAUGAGUGGUUUGUCCAUAAUUGGAAACAUUCAGCAGCAAAGUUUCCGGGUGGCUUUUGAUUCAGCGGGUUCUCGGAUCGGGUUUGCUCCCCGUGGAUGCGCUUAAACAUGGGUAUGGUUGUUUUAUCUAUUUUUACUAAGGUAAGGGAUAAAUCUCUUUCCCUGCCUCUAUUUUAGGGUAAGAAGGGAAGAACAAAAACGAUCUUCCAUGGAUUUGAAUGUAAGACAGGAGGAGAGGGAGAUGAUAAAAGGCGGGUAGUUUGUUAGAAAUAGCGAAUCAACGUUUUGCGGUUUUUCAGGUGUUAUUAAUUGUAUUUUUCAAAUAUGAAGGUCGAUUUACGCGCUACUUUUAAGA